AGAGUACAGAGUAUAGACUAUAGAUUCAAAAUACCUAAUGAAAAUCAUCCAGUAAAUUUUUUAUUAAGUUCGCGGUCUGUUCUUGUUUGGGAAUUUUUCCCGUAGGUUUUUAUAUCGUUAGGAAGUUUUUUUGGAGAUCUUUUCUCCAUUAUCUUGUGAGAUCCCCAGACCUUAGCCCGUGGAAGAUGACAUUUUAUCACCUGGUGAACUGCGUGGCAUUAGCCGUGCUCCCAUAUCUGGCAACAUACCGAUUUUAUAACCUAUCCGAGUAUCGAGCCUUCUGGAAAUGUUUCUACGCUGCGUGCAUCUUCUUCGCAGCACAGCUGGUGAAAAUGCUAAUACUGGCCUCCAUAUUCCCAGUGGUGGAUUCGCACGCCACCAGCUUAUCCGUUAGCCGAUUGACAUACGAUUUUCUCCGUCUAUCGGUGGAUCUGAUCGAUCUGGCGGCGCUGCACCACAUCGUCAACAAGCUGACGCUGAAGGGCGAUCUGAAGUUCGUGGCCACGGGACUGGGCUGGGCCUUCGCGGAGCUGCUGGCCUUCCGUGUGAUGCCGUUCUGGCUGGAGGCACGCGGAUCGGAGUUCAGUUGGGUGCACUUGAUGAGCGCCAUGGAGGCCAAUAUCAAUCUGGUGUAUUACAUUUCCAUCGCUGCCAUGUUAUGGGCUCUAUCGCGGAAUGACUUCAACAAGGCCCUGCAGCCGGCGGUACUGGGAUUGCUCGUCCUGAGCACCUAUCGUCCCUUGCUUUUGGAGGUUUUAUCGCACACUUUACAUUUGGACGCAUGGUUUGGAUUGCUCUUUAAAGGAGUUUAUAGUCUGAUUCUCGGUGUGGUGGCGCUGGGCUUGUGUACAGCGCUAACGGAAACGUGAUGUUAUUAUUGUUGGUUUUUUCGUUGACUUUUUUCAUCAGAAUUCCCGUUAUUUAUCUAUUUGAUUUUGUUACUGUUCAAUGUAGCAUGUCAUUGUUCGAAAAAUUACUGAUUUCUUCAUUUUACGGAAGAAUUAAAAUGACAUGUCACCGUUGUC